CCUCAGCACGCGCGGCCAAGAUGGCGGCUGCGGCCGGCGGGGUGCGGGGGCGGCGCAGCGGGCACCGGCCGCUCUGACCGAGCCACCUCUACAGCGCGGCGGGAGGGCAUCGGGAAGCCUUCGCGGGGCAGUGCCAGCCGGCCAGGGAGCAGCCAGAGCCCCCCUCGGGGGGGGGGGGGGGGGGUGGAGAGAGAGAAGUGUGGGGAACGGCGUAGAAAACGGGGGCGCUGCCUUCAGACCCGGCCGUGAGGGGUCGGCGCGUGGGGCGUGAGGGACAGCGCCGGCGGCGAGGGUGAAGGCGGCAGCCCGCCCGGAGGGGCGAGGCAGCCCGGGGCCGCGGAGUGAGAAAGGCCGGUUCGGUUCGGGGCGAGGAGAGGUAGCGAGGGCUGAGGCGAGCCGGCCAGGGCUGAGGCGAGCCGGCCGGAGGGCAGCGGAAGGCUGGCGCCCUGCGGCGGGCGUUCGCAGGUCAGGAGGCGGCUGCGCCGGUGGCUCCCCGCGUUCCUGGCUCUCAGCUGCUGGGCUCCCCACGCCAUGUUCUCGGUGCUCUCGUAUGGCAGGCUGGUAGCCCGGGCAGUCCUGGGCGGCCUUUCGCAGACGGACUCCCGUGAUUACAGCUUGGUGACGGCCAGCUGUGGCUUUGGCAAAGAUUUCCGUAAGGGCAUCCUCAAGAAAGGCAUGUGCUACGGGGACGACGCCUGUUUCGUGGCCCGGCACCGGACGGCAGAUGUGCUGGGAGUAGCAGAUGGUGUUGGUGGCUGGAGAGACUAUGGGGUUGACCCUUCUCAGUUCUCAGGGACUCUAAUGCGAACGUGUGAACGUUUAGUUAAAGAAGGACGGUUUGUACCAAGCAAUCCUGUUGGGAUCCUCACUGCAGGUUAUUGUGAGCUGCUGCAGAACAAAGUACCUUUGCUUGGAAGCAGCACGGCAUGUAUAGUCGUUCUGGACAGAACAAGUCACCGUUUACAUACAGCCAACUUGGGAGACUCUGGAUUUUUGGUGGUCAGGGGAGGGGAAGUAGUCCAUCGAUCUGAUGAGCAGCAGCAUUACUUCAACACUCCGUUCCAACUGUCAAUAGCUCCACCAGAAGCAGAAGGAGUUGUCUUAAGUGACAGCCCCGAAGCUGCUGAUAGUACUUCUUUUGAUGUCCAACUUGGAGACAUUAUCUUGACUGCAACAGAUGGACUGUUUGACAACAUGCCUGACUACAUGAUUCUGCAGGAGUUAAAAAAGCUGAAGAACUCCAACUAUGAGAGUAUACAGCAGACUGCCAGAAGCAUUGCUGAGCAAGCUCACGAGCUGGCAUAUGAUCCCACUUAUAUGUCGCCGUUUGCACAGUUCGCAUGUGACAAUGGAUUGAAUGUGAGAGGGGGAAAACCAGAUGACAUCACCGUCCUUCUUUCUAUUGUAGCCGAGUACACAGACUGACCUGCCCGCGUGUCGGCUCCUGACGUUCCGCUGUCCCCGAGCUCCCAGCCUCACACGCACGGUUUCCUGCUGGCAGGAUCGCUUUCUUCCUUCGCAGCCCAUCUCAGCGGCCAGUUCUCGAGCUCGUUGCCUGUCCUCAGACACAACUGACGUCCUUGUUCAGAACCACUCUCAUAGUAUACUGGUCUUUGUCUGCCAGCAAGAGAUGAAGAAGCUCAAGGCUUGAAGCAUGUCUUUCAGAGCUUAGUCAUUGCCCUUAAGAGGGGGAGGAUCAAUCCCGCGUUGUUUCUGCCUUUGAGAUGUGACUUUGAAAGGAGUAGGAUUGGGUUAUCUUUCAAACUAGGUUCAAUAGCUACAACCUCUGCAAGAGGGCAUAUUACUCUAUUUACUCGAAAUGCUCACUGUUUGUUAGGGGGUAUGUUGCAGACCACAGUUCCAUAAGCAUAGUCUUGUUACAGUGAUAGCUGAGGUUUCGUGUUUCCAAGCUCCAAUUUUCAGGAGAUUUCUAACUGCUGUACACAUUCUGCUCUUGCCAUCCGUGGUGUCAGCCUAGGAGCCUUUUCUAGUAUGGAAUUUCAAACCAACGUAGUUCAAGUUAAAUGAAUGCAGAUGUGUUUUGUGAUUGUUUUGUUGUUUUGUUUUUUUUUUUCAGGUGCUUAACUGUGAUCUUAAAAGUUCUGCAGAUUAUUCGUCCACAAUAGGCCUGGUAUCUGGAUGUUUUGGCUGUGGAUAAAUUCUAUUUUUAUUUUUAAAUCAAAAAUUAGCACUCAGUCUCCAAAAGCUGAGCUGGCCAAAGUUAGGGGCCCUCUUAGCAUUUUAACCCAUCUUGUGAGGUGACGUGGCAUCAAUGCUGCCUUGAGAGGUUGCACAAAGAACAGCUUAUCCUCAACUCUGAGCAUCUUUGCUUCGGGUAGGUAAUUCUGCUGUUAAUGAACCCUAAUUGGUGUUGAUAAUUGCCAUUCCCACUGGGGUAGAACAGAAUAGGCUGCACCAGCAUAAGUCCAGUUGAUCCUUAUCUGACUCCCAGACAAGCACCUCUCUGCUUAUGCUGGGGCAGAGCAGCAACAAGGGUGGAAAUGUGGAGUAUUAAUGAAUCAUCAGCAAAACGUACAUUUCAGUGAGGAAAGUGGAGGGGUUUGGGAAUGAACCUUAAUGAUGUUUACAGUUAUCUAACAGCCACUUUGCAAUAGUACAUUUCCGAUGGCAGUAGCUCACAUUUGUUCUCUCCCCCUCCCUUUCCUUGUCCUGGCAAGCUUGCUUUAUUUUUCUUUCUGAGGUUCAUACAAAAAGGUGAUACCUGUAAAGAAUAUAUAUAUUUUUGGUCAGUUUUUCAUUAACUUUUUUGCUGGUAGAAAAGUCUGUAGAAAUAAAUUAAAGCCAUGUUUUUAUAUUAUAAAAAGUCGGGUAAUGUUGCUGUGUAGGUGAGUGCAGUUAAACUUGGUCAGUAAGGAAUCUUUCCUGCUCUCAAAAGGAGAUUUUUACUACCUGGUUUAUUGUAUUAAAACUGUUUAAGUUUGAGGUUACCUCAACCUGUUUAAAGAAAUUUUUUUUUUGUGGACUUGUACUGUAUAUUUGCGUAACUAUGUCAAGCUUUUAUUUAAGGUCAUUUAACAUGUACCAUGUACAUGUCAUUUUACUCUAUUUCAAUGCAUCAUGCUUGUAACAGGCAUUUCAGUUAUAAUAAGAGUGAGUGAUUAAUUUGGAAGCUCUUGAGUAAUUUAUCUGCUGUUCCUUAAUUGGCGUAACCUUAGCGAUCUAUUUUAAAUCACCUUGUAAUGAUUUGUCAAAAUGCCUUAACUACCCUGACUUGACCAAAAUGCUAUUUUGGUGAGGGUACGGGGAGGAUUAUUAUGUUAAUGAAGACGAAUUAAUGAGUUUUGCGAUCCGUGAGUGGUGGAAAACUUUGCACAAAUUGUCAGUCCUCGUCGUGUUCUUAAAGCUGAACAAGCCGUGUCCAGCUGUCUCGUUAGAAGGAAUGUAUUCACGUUGCAGUACAGGGCUUUGUUUCUAGCGCUCGGGAGAGGUGCUCCUCUCUCCGGUCUGUGUCUCUUUACAUUUUAUUCUCCAGUAUUUACUAUAAUGCUUCUUGACUAGAGCAGAUUUGACCAAUUCUUCUUUCCCUUGAACUUAAAACGCUGCCCCUGCAGACCUGUGUUGCACUCUGACCCCUUGCUCUUGGCACGCUCGUCUCCAGCCCUUGUUAUUUCCCCCCUCAGUUUCUAGAGCUCUAAGUUGGGAGACGCGUGCGGCUCUGCUGGAGGAGCAGGGUGAGGUGCUCAGGCUGAGCUCUGCCAGGCCGGGGUUUGGCCUCCCCACAGAGCUGGGCUGCCUCAGGCUCACUUAGAGCCUUCUCAGCUGAGCAGUAGCUACAAAGCCGUUUGCCUCGUAUCACAUUGUGAUUUUACUAUUAUUGUUUUUUAAAUAAAGAACAAAUUUGGAUUUUGAUUUAGAGUUUAUCCCUCACUGGACACACCAAAGACCAGUAAAGCUUAUAGCUUUUCCAUCUGUUUAUAAAGCAAUACUGUAUUAUAAAGAAUUGAUAUUUUUAUCACACGCUUGAUUGUUUUUGGGUUUGUUUUUGUUUUGUUUUUGAAGAUGUGCACUCUAAACAUAUCAAACCUACUUUCUUCCUAUGAACUUAAGCUGCCUGCGCACAAAUAAAAAGUUGGACAAGGAAAUGACAGGGCCCAUCCUAUCCAUUUUAAAUGAUCUAUGGAGCAGUAGCACUUGUAGGAGUUAGAUUGUGACUCUGCACCAGAGGAAUGUACAUGGAAGGUGUUUCCCUGAGACAAAGGGUGUGGGAGUGGAGCACAGGCUGGCCGCUGCUGCUGCAGAGGCAGGGUGUUCCCAGGAACUGGUGGUUUGGGAGCAGCCACCUGAAGGAAAAGGAAGAAUGGUCCACACCAGUAACCACCUAACAUGGAACUGGCAGGAGCUGGAAUCUCUGCAGCAGUGUUGCUUGGUGUUUGGGUCAAACAGGGCUAAGAUGUAGAGAACUGGGAGAACUCUGUGGUUCCUUGUGACUUGUACGGCUAUCUUUGGGAGACCUGCGACAUACAGUUUCCCUCUUAAUGUACUUUCUUUGUGUUUAUGAAGAAGGUAUGGCCAGGAAAAAAACAAAAACCGGAUCUUGGGACCAGACGGCUGCAACCGAGGCAGGGAGAAGGGAGAGGUGAAAGUCUGGCGAAGAGGGGAAAGAUUUGGGAUGGAGUCUCCAUCUCAGUAUAAAAGGUCCUUUCUCCAGGGCAAAACCAGGUGGUGGGUGUAGACACUGACUGUGUGAAGUAGCUUCUUACAAAGAUAGCUGAAGUAACAAAGCAAAUUGAGUCUGUAUCUAAUGAGGAGGCUUUUCUGUUGUUGUUAAACCGAGACUAUCAUCUAUGCUUACCUAAGAGGCAAUUAUGUGAAUUUCAUGUCUGAGGUAUAACUUAUGCAGGAAUAGUUCUGUAAAUACAUUUAAAUGAAUUGUAAAGAUAUUUAAUAAAUAUAGUAUUUAUACUAAA